AUGGCCAAGUUCGGCGAAGGUGACAAGCGAUGGAUCGUUGAGGACAGACCCGACGGCACCAACGUCCACAACUGGCACUGGGCCGAAACCAAUUGCCUCGAAUGGUCUCGCAAUUUCUUCAACAAGCAAUUCUCCGGCGCUGUUAUCCUCGCCGGCGAGGGAAAUCUCUUCAUCAAGGUGAAUAAGAUCGAGAAGGUUGAAGGCGAGGCUUACGUGAAUGUACGCAAGGGGAAGAUUAUCCCUGGGUACGAGCUCAAUGUCUCUCUGUCCUGGGAGGGUGAAGCCAAGGAUUCCGAAGGUAAGACGCUGCUGAAGGCGGAUGGAUUGGUGGAUAUGCCUUAUAUCUCCGAUGAGAACGCCGAUGAAGAUCCGGAGAUUAGGUUUUCGGUGAAGGACGAAGGCCCGAUUGGGAAGACCUUGAAGGAAGCGAUGGUCAAGAAGGGGAAAUCGAUUAUUCUGGAGAAGGUUAGGUUUUACGUUGAGACCAUGGCUAAAGGGGGUCCGUGCAAGGACGAGCUAGAGUCGAAAAAGGUGGCGCCGAAAUCGGCAGCUUCAGCUACGGUGGCGGUGGAGAAGCCAAGUGCUUCCCCGGUGGUGUCUGCUGCGGCGGAGACUAAGGUGGUUAAGGAGAAGAAGAAGACGACGAAGACGAAGGAAGGGUUCAAGACGAUUACUAUGACUGAGAAGUUCAAUUGCAGAGCUAAGGAUUUGUUUGAGAUCUUGAUGGACGAGAAUCGUUGGAAAGGUUUCACUCAGAGCAAUGCUAAGAUCAGUAAAGAAGUGAAUGGUCCGAUUAGUGUGUUCGAUGGGUCGGUCACUGGGAUGAAUCUGGAGCUGGAAGAAGGCAAAUUGAUUGUUCAGAAGUGGAGAUUUGGGAGCUGGCCUGAUGGUCUUGAUUCAACGGUGAGGAUCGCUUUUGAGGAGCCGCAACCAGGAGUCACCAUCGUCAAUCUUACGCACACUGACGUUCCUGAAGAGGACAGAUAUGGGAAUGCAACUGUGGUGGAGAACACAGAGAGAGGAUGGAGAGAUCUUAUAUUCCACAGAAUCCGUGCAGUUUUCGGAUUUGGAAUCUGA